CAAGCCAGUCACCUCUUUCUCAAAAAAAAAAAAAAAAAAAAAACCAAGCCAGUCACCUUAUGGAUUGCAGGGUCUUAAAACUUGUGAUUCAGUCAGCGAAUGGAUUGAAAGACGUCAAUCAUGUGACAACAAUGAAGCCUUACGCGGUUGUUUCCAUUCGCGAUAACCAAAAUAACCUCCAUUCCUCAGAGGAAAAAACACCGGAGGACACAGCUGGAGGUGCUUCAAACCCCACAUGGAACGCCGAAGUUACGUUCAACAACCUCGACAUCACCAAGGCCAAGGAGAGCAACCUUGAACUUGUUGUUAAGCUCAUGUCACUCCGGACGGGUCACUUUUUUAGCGACAAAGAAAUCGGUGAAGUCCGUGUGUCCAUCACAAAAUUGCUGGAAGGUUUUGGUGGUAAAGCUAAAGCUGAUGCAGUAGUUGCUGAAAAACAGAUGAAAGAGAGUGUUAAGACCACAGAUGAAAAGUCCCAAGGAACACUAGUCUUUUCUUACAAGUUUGAGAGCGUGACUACUGGACAGAAACCAGCAGGGCAGAAGAAUUCUCCAACUGCGCAGCAAAAUGUGCAGCAGAAACCUGAACAGCCUGCUGGAUUGGGGAACCCGUUGGUCUCCAAAGCGGUGAAAGGGAUUGUGGGAACUGCGUCGAACAAUAUCGGAUUGACAAGUGCGGUUGCUGCAGCCCCGCCUCCGCGUGCUAUGCAAACCCGUGCUGCUGCUGCUAAUCAGCGUGGUGCUGAUGACCCGUCUGAGGCUAAUAAUAAAGGGAUUGCGGGAACUGCGUUGAACACUACCGGAUUGACAAGCGCCUCUGAUGCUGCUGCAGCCCAGCCUUCGCCUACUAUUCAAAACCAUGUUGCUGCUGCUGAUGAUCAGCGUGUUACUGCUGAUGACCCGCCUGAGGAUAAUAAUGAAGGGAACACUACCGGAUUGACAAGCGCCUCUGAUGCUGCAGCCCCACCUUCGCUUGCUAGUCAAAACCAUGCUACUGCUGCUGUUGAUCAUCGUGGUGCUGAUGACCCGUCUGAGUAUAAUAAUGAUGAAGGUGAAGGUGAAGAUGAUGGUUAUGGAGAUGAAGAUGAAGAGGUAGAUGUUUGAAGAUUAAGAAUGAAGCUAGAUAUGGUCAUGGAAAUAUUAUAUAAGGAUCUCAAGGGUGGUUAUAUUAUAUCUAGGUAUGCAUAAUGCGUAUAAUAAUCAAUAAUGCAAGUCCACCUCAAAUUAGCUAUAUGUACUGGUUUUUGCUGUUUAUGUGUGAAUCUUUAUGCAGUCUUUCUUAGAUUGUCAAGCUGAGACUCUGAAUUAUCUUAAUGUUCUAUUUCUACUAUGUGUAUCAGUACUGUUUCUAUUUUGGGAAUGAUAAUUAGUAGUUGUUGUGCUCACUUGGUAGUAUCAUUCAGUUGAUCAGUUGCACUAACAAUCUCUAAACUAUUCUUCUGAUACAGUAUACAUUAGUUUUCAUUUU